UUGUGCUAGAUCGGCGGCGGCGGCGGCGGCGGCCGCGAUGAUGAGGGAACGGGCGGCGGAGAUGCUGCACCGCGCCGCCGGCGCCGGCGGCGCUCAGCGGCUCGCCGCGCGUGCCGUAUUCGCCCGCGGCUUCCUCGGCCUCAACAAGACGGCGAGCAAGGAGGCCAUCAAGCAGGAGAAGGCCAGGCUUUCGGAGGAAAUCAGCAGGGGUUACUUCGCUGACAUCGCAGAGAUACGCAAGAACGCCGGCAAGAUUGCAAUGGCGAAUAGGAUCAUAAUUCCAGAAAUCGCAGCCGUGAAGUUCCCUGAUAUUCAUGUGGAGUCUCCCAGUGGCAGGGCACUGAAUUUGCCUCUUGUUGCACCUCCAAACAAUGUUGAUGCCCAGGCUGGGAAUACAGUGGACCCACAAAAUGUUGAUAGUAAGGCUGGUGACAUGGUGGUUCCUGAUGCUUCAUUACUGUGCCUUUCCUUCCGCGCAAGCUCCCAGAAAAUGGUAGAAUCGUGGAGCCUACCUUUUCUUGAUACCUUUGGUUCUUCUGGGAAUAUUCAAGUGUAUGAGGUCUCAUUUAUUGAUUCACGGCUGUUGUCAGCAAGUCCUGUGAGACAAUUAUUCCUCAAGAUAAUGAGGAAAUCCAACAAUCCACAGAGACAUGUCGUAUAUUCCUUUGGAGACAGCUAUUAUUUCAGGAAGAAGCUCCAUAUUCUUAACCUUCUUACUGGAUACAUAUACCUGGUUGAUCGCCUCGGAAGAGUAAGGUGGCAAGGGUUUGGAUCUGCGACGCAGGAAGAGAUUUCAUCACUAACUGCGUGUGCCUCCAUUUUGUUAAGAUGAAAAAUGAGAUUAGAUGGAUACUGUGUUUGAGGUUGGAAAAUUGUCCUUGCGAUUUCAGAGCUGUAUUACAUGCAAAUUUUGUCUCAUUUCAGCAUAUUGAGGGAUGCUUUUUCUCACGUUUAAUAAUAGUGAAUUGGAUUAUUUUCUCCUGUCCAAUAACAUUUUGUAACAGGGCUGAUUUGCAUGUCAUUGUUAUUCUGGGACUAGAGCUCUAGUUUCUGCCAUUAAUUAGAAAGGUCGCUGCUGACCUAAUUACUUGAUUGGAUCUUGUAUGUACUGCGACAAACAUAGUUGAAGAUGAGUGAAUAAAUGGAGUGAAAUUGGAUAUUGUCUGUAAAAUUAAGUGAAUUGUCUUUGAAAUUAAAAUAUGACGUGA